AUGGUUCACAACUUGAAGGAUAAUGUGGUUUUUCCUUUGGUCAAUGUUUAUGGCCUGAUUAAGACUGAGGAGAAAGCGAAGGUGUGGAAAGCCAUUACUGACAAGAUUGGCUCCCUCACCAAUGAUAGAGUCAUGGUAGCAGGGGAUUUUAAUGCUUUGCUAGAUCUGGAGGAAAAGAGAGGUGGUUUGAGAAUGGCCAACAAAGUCAUGGAGUAUUUCAGGGAAUUUGUGAUGACGAAUCAUUUGUUUGAUGUCAUUCCAAAGAAUGGAAGAUAUACUUGGACUAAUAGGAGAGAGAAUUUUGCAAGAAUAUUGGAGAGGUUGGAUAGAUUCCUAGUAGGGCCCUUUUGGUUGGAUUCUGCUAUCAACCUAGAUUCUUGUAUUCUCCCAAUAACAUUGUCAGAUCAUUUCCCAGUUCAAUUAAGCAUUCAGGAAGCCAAUAAGAUUUUUAGAGGGAGUUUUAGGUUUCAGGGUAUGUGGUGGAAAGAUAAGGAUUUUUUGCCAAAUGUGGAAACUUGGUGGAAAGAAAGCGACAUUCUCUCAGGCACCCCGAGUUUUUUCAUUGUUAAAAGAUUGGAGAUAGUUAAGAAGAAAAUUAAAGAGUGGAACAAGUUCUCUUUCAAGAAUAUUUUUGCAAAAAAGAACAAAGUGGAAGCAGAGCUGGAUAACCUAAAUAAAAUUGUUAUCACAGCAGGGAUGUCCAACGAUGAAUUUGCCAGAGAGAAGCAACUUAAAAGCGAAUUGUCGGAAAUCUUGCUCAGAGAGGAAGUCUUUUGGUGGGACAAUUCGAGAGAGUGUUGGAUCAAAGAAGGGGAUUUGAACACAAAAAAUUUCCAUGCUUCUGUAAAGGCCAAAAGAGCUAACAACCGAAUUAGCCAUAUUUAG